AUGGGCUUGGAUCUGGUCAUUCGCAAUGGGACGGUAGUCUCAGCAUCGGAUGUCCUUAAUGAAUGUGAUAUUGGGAUCAAGGAUGGUACGAUUGUGGUCCUGGGAAAGAACUUGCCGGCCAGGGCAGGGACAGAAGAGGUCGAUGCCGGAGGAGCUUUUGUGACUCCAGGUGGUGUCGACUCUCACUGUCAUCUAUCUCAGUUCUACGAUCCCGGUCCGGGGCAGGAACAGAAAACUCAGGUGACUGAUGGCAACAUUCCUGCGGAAUACAACUUUGCAGGUGACGAUUAUGAGUCCGGAUCGCGAAGUGCAAUUGCUGGAGGGACAACGACCAUUAUGAGCUUCGCAAACCAGUACCGGGACGAUGAAAGCCUAAAACCCGUGAUCAAGGAGUAUCACAAGUUGGCACAAGGCAAGGCCUACUGUGACUACUCCUUUCACGUCAUCGUGACCAAUCCUACCCAGACAGUGUUGAAGGAGGACCUUCCACAAUUGAUCACUCACCAUGGGCUGUCGAGUAUCAAGAUCUUCAUGACGUACGAAUCGGCCAAGUUAAGCGACUACCAGAUUCUCGGUGUCCUGAACGCAGCGCGGGGCAUUGGUAUCACCACCAUGGUCCAUGCUGAGAAUGCGGACGUUGUGGAAUAUCUGACCGAGCAGCUUGAAGCGAAUGACAUGGUUCAACCGCACCAUCACGGAACCUCUCGACCUCCGUUGGUGGAAGGCGAGGCCACGAACCGUGUCGUGGCAUUGGCGGAAUUAAUGAGUGCACCAGUCUUGCUUGUUCAUGUUUCAAGUGCCCUGGCGACCAAAGUAAUUCGCAAAGCACAGACGCGGGGUAUGGUCGUGCAUGGAGAGACCUGCCCUCACUAUCUCUUUCUGUUGGCCGAGAAGAUGAACCAGACUGGGUUUGAAGGUGCCAAGUUUGUGUGCUCACCGCCGUUGAGGGAGACCUCCACGGAUCUCGAUGCCAUUUGGCAGGGCGUGCAGAACGGGACGUUUACCACCAUCUCUUCGGACCAUGCGCCGACGAAGUAUGAUCAUCCAAACGGCAAGAUGAAAGGAUUUUGUGACCACGGCCCUCACGGGAAGUUCAAGUACAUCCCCAACGGGUUACCGGGUCUAGAAACUCGACUACCUCUCCUCUUUACAGGAGGAGUGCUGAGCGGGCGCAUGUCGCCUCAGAAGUUCGUGGAGUUGACAUCCUCCAAUCCAGCCAAGCUCUACGGCCUGACACGGAAGGGAGCCAUAGCGCCAGGCAUGGACGCUGAUAUCACGAUCUGGUACCCACAAGAUGAAUUCGAGCCAUUCCGGCUGUCCAAUGAGAUGCUGCACCACGCCAUUGAUUACACCCCGUAUGAGGGGUUUGAAUUUCGAAAUUGGCCGAGAUACACGUUUCUGAGAGGCCAGUUGAUGUUUGCAGAGGGUAAACUCGUUGGUCCUCGAGGUGCUGGAGCAUUCGUACGUAGGACACCUUCAAUCCUCGGAUCCUGCACGCCCGUCGUUCAGACCAUGUGGCGGAAUUAG